AUGGCCCAGAAUGUCAAUAAUGUCGCUAACAACAAUCUGAAUCAUGGUAAUGUGGGGAAUGUUGCAGCUAAGGCAGGCUUACCUCUGGGGGACUAUGUACUCCCUACUAUUAUAGGGGUACAUUAUAGUAUUCGUCCACCUACUGUGGAGGCAAAUAAUUUUGAGAUCAAGCCCUCUAUAAUUCAAAUGGUUCAGAAUUGUGUUCAGUUUGGGGGACUACCUAAUCCAUAUUACCAACUUUUUGGAGUUAUGCGAUACUUCAAAAUGAAUGGAGUUAGUAAUGACGCAAUCCAUUUGAGGCUCUUUCCGUUUUCAUUGAGAGACAGGGCUAAUAUUUGGUUGAUUUUGCUGCAAGCCAGUUCCAUUAUGACAUGGGAAGAUCUUGCUCAAAAAUUUCUCGCCAAGUAUUUUCCUCCUGCUAAAUUAGCACGGAUUAGAGUGAAAUGGAUGUUGGUGCAUACUUUCUAUAAUGGAUUGAGGGGAAAUACAAGGACUAUCAUAGAUGCAGCAGCAGGUGGAGCAUUUAUGAGCAAAAGUGCUAACGAAGCUCAUGAGCUUUUAGAGGAAAUGGCCAUGAAUAAUUAUAAUUGGCCAUCUGAGCGAGAAAAUAAGAAGGUGGCAGGAGUUUUAGAAGUUGAUCCAAUUGCUAUGCUCACUGCUCAAAUUGCUUCGCUAACAAAACAAAUACAACAACAAAACUAUAGUUCUGCUCAAGCGAUGCAACUACAACCUACUCCUAUCAGUUGUGAGACAUUUGGAGGCCCUCAUUAUUUUCAGCAAUGUCCAGCGACGAGUUCUUAUUCAGUUGAUGAUAUCCCACUUGAACAGUAUCAUCCAAAUCCACCUCAAUAUCCUCCACAUAGACCAUCUUAUGGGCUAAACCCAAGGCCCUUUUAUGAUACUCAAAGGCCACAAAUGUCGCAACAUCAACAACCACCGCCUCACAUGACUAAACUAGAGGUAUCCGCUGAUGCAUUGAGCCAAUUUAUGACAGAAACCAGAUCCUCCAUUCGGAGCUUAGAAACACAAGUUGGCCAACUUGCAAAGUUAAUGGUAGAUCGUAAUCAAGGGGCUUUACCUAGCUCAACUGUGGUGAAUCCAAAAGAGCAAUGUCAAGCGGUUACUUUGAGGAGUGGGACUAAGUAUGAGGGGCCUAUAGUAGAAAACAAGGGUACUAAGAUUGAAGAUCAACCUGUACCUAAUCCAGCACAAGAGGAGGCAACUGACGAUCUUCAAAAGACAGAAAAGCCCAAAUACACUGAGUCGACUCCCAAGAUUCCUUAUCCUCAACGGUUUCGAAAGGCUAAUCUUGACAAAUAA